AUGGCGCAACAAGAACUAGAUUUCACGUACUACUACAAUUACCUCUUCCUGGCCACCGUCCUGCUACUCCCCUUCUUCCUCCUCAUCUCCAUGUUCAAGCCACGCGAGCAUGGCGGCGAGAACCUUCCCCCGGGGCCAUGGCGGCUGCUGGUCAUCGGCAGCAUGCACCACCUCGUCGGCGCGCUCCCCCACCACGCCAUGCGUGACAUCGCCCGCCGGUACAAUGCUCCUCUCAUGCUGCUCCGCCUAGGGGAGCUCGACGUCGUUGUGGCCUCAUCCGCCAGCGCGGCGAAGGAGAUCAUGAAGACCCACGACGCGGUAUUCGCCACGCGGCCGCGGACUGCCACCCUCCGUGCCAUCACGAGAGACGACCUCGGCAUUACCCUUACACCGCACGGUGAGCACUGGCGCCGCCUUCGCAAGCUUUGCGUCAGCGAGCUACUCAGCGCGCGGCAAGUCCGGUCCCUCCGGGGAUGCCGCGAGGCCAAGGCCGCCGCCCUAGUCUCCUCCAUCGUCUCGUCGCUAUCGUCUUCGUCGGAGCCCGUGAACAUCAGAUCCCUCCUCAGCACCUACGUCACCGACGUGGCGGUGCACGCCGUGGUGGGCGAGCGAAACAGGGAACUCCGAGAUGAGUUCCUGAAGCGCCUCAACGAGGGCGUCAUGCUGGCCGCCGGGUUCAGCCUCGCCGACAUGUUCCCAUCGUCGCGCCUCGCACGUGCCUUUAGUGGAUCAACGCGCCGGCUGGAGGCGAUAUGCCACGAUAUGAGCCGGGUCAUAGACCACAUCAUCGAGGACCACCGCACGAGGAGGUCGGCCGGCGCCGGCGGCGAGGAAGAAGACAUCGUGGCCGUGCUAUUGAGGAUCCAGAACGAUGGUAGCCUCCACGUGCCUCUUGACGAUGGAACCAUCCGUGCCGUGAUUACCGAUCUGGUUUCGGGAGGUAGUGAGACCACGGCGACAACACUCCAACGGGCGAUGGCGGAGCUCAUGCGGAGCCCGGCGGCACUCCGUAGGGCACAAGCAGAGGUGCGUGGUGCCCACAUAAGGGAGAGCUGCGUCCGUGAGGAGGCCCUAAAGAAACUGCACUAUCUGCAUUUAGUAAUCAAAAAAGAGAUGCUUCGACUGCACCCAGUGGUGCCAUUUCUAAUCCCACGGGAGUGUCUGGAACCUUGCCGUGUCCUUGGCUAUGACGUGCCCAAGGGCGCCAUGGUGCUUGUCAAUGCAUGGGCAAUCGGGCGGGAUUCGGCGAGCUGGGGCACUGAUGCCAAGGAGUUCCGGCCAGAGAGGUUCGAGGAGGCUGGUGACGCGGCGGUGGACUUCAGAGGAACGAACUUUGAGCUCGUGCUUUUCGGCGCUGGCAGGAGGAUCUGCCCUGGGAUAACGUUUGGGCUUGCGGUCGUGGAGCUUAUGCUAGCGAGCCUGUUGUUCCAUUUCGACUGGGAGCUCCCUGGAGGAGGCGCCGGUGGGCUAGACAUGGCGGAGGAGCUCGGGAUCACGGCGAGGAGGAAGGGCGACCUGUGGUUGCAUGCCACAGUUCAUGUGCCGGCUCCUAAUCCAUAAAUAUUCAACCAGGGGGUUGUCCAUACUCUUUCUUGUCUUCGCACCUAAAUAAAAUGAGAUGGAGUAGUACGUUUUUAAUGCUUCAU